GUUAAAAUAACAAAUUAAUUUGACGAUGAUUUUCUUAAUUUUUUUAUAGCUUGAACUUUGUACUUUGAAAUGCCCUUUCAAUAAAUAACCAUAAUUUUUUCUAGAGGUUUCAACUCUCAGUUAGCUAGUCAGCUACGAGUUUGCAUUCGAUAUUCACGUAAUAGUCGUCAGCAGAAAGGUAUCUUAGAAAUAUAUUAUUUAAACCUGAUAUUUUAAAGUAAGCAUUAACAAUACAACAAUUAUCAUGUUGAGAUUUAAUACAGGAAAGAGCUUAAUGACUUAUACUCGGCGGUCUAUAUCAACAACUUCAAUUUUGAGAGAUGUUUUCAUUGUCAGUGCUACUAGAACUCCAAUUGGUUCUUUUGGUGGAUCAUUAAAGAGUCUUUCUGCUACUAAACUGGGCGCUAUAGCUAUUCAAGCUGCUGUUGAGCGAUCUGGAAUUUCUAAAGAUGAAAUUGAGGAAGUUUUUAUGGGAAAUGUAUGUCAAGGUGGUGUUGGACAAGCACCAGCUAGGCAAGCAACAAUAUUUGCUGGAUUACCUAAAUCAACUAUAUGUACAACAAUAAAUAAAGUCUGUGCUUCUGGAAUGAAAUCAGUCAUGUUGGCUUCUCAAAGUCUAAUAUGUGGCCAUCAACAAAUAGUAGUUGCUGGUGGCAUGGAAUCUAUGUCUAAUGUACCAUUUUAUCUAGCAAGAGGAGAUACAAAAUAUGGUGGUGUUAAUUUAUCUGAUGGAAUCGUGUUUGAUGGUUUAACUGAUGUAUACAAUAAAGUUCAUAUGGGUAGUUGUGCUGAAAAUACAGCUAAACAAUGUGGCAUAAGUAGAGCACAGCAAGAUGAUUUUGCUUUAAGCAGUUACAAAAAAAGUGCUGAUGCCUGGAAACAAGGACAUUUUGCCCAAGAGAUUGUUCCAGUCAACGUCCCUCAAAAAAAAGGUAAACCUGAUGUUGUUGUAUCUGAGGAUGAAGAAUUCAAAAGAAUAGAUAUUGAAAAGUUUAAAAAAUUGAAUACGGUUUUUCAAAAAGAAAAUGGAACAGUUACUGCUGGAAAUGCAUCAACAAUUAAUGAUGGGGCUGCUGCUUUAGUUUUGACAAAUGAAAAUGUUGUAAAUAAAUUAAAUUUGAAACCUUUAGCUAGAGUAAUUGCAUUUCAAGAUGGUGCUACUGAUCCUAUUGAUUUUCCAAUUGCUCCAGCAGUUGCUAUACCCAAAUUGUUAAGCAAAAGUGGUCUUUCCAAAAAUGAUAUCGCAUUGUGGGAAAUAAAUGAAGCUUUCAGUGUAGUUGUUUUAGCUAAUAUAAUGAAAUUAGAUCUUGAUCCAUCUAAAAUCAAUGUACAUGGUGGCGCUGUUAGCUUAGGUCAUCCAAUUGGGAUGUCUGGUGCUAGGAUUGUGGUUCACUUAGCUCACGCAUUAAAACCAGGACAAAAAGGUGUAGCUUCCAUUUGUAAUGGUGGUGGCGGAGCAUCAUCAAUUCUUAUUGAACGUUUAUAAUACUUUGUUUAAUUUGUUAGAAGUAUUUUUACUUCAUAAAAAUUAUUUUUUAAUACAUAAUGAUUGCAACAUGGUUAUGAGUUAAGACUGCAAUUCAUUUUUAUAUAUGUAUAUAAAUUUAUUUAAAUAAAAUUAUGGUUAUAUUUUUAAA